GCGUUAUCGAAUAAAGGCGACACGUCGACGUCAUAUCAGGAGCCAACUUCAUGAGUCACGAAUAAAUUGUGGUUCUGUGGAUGGAAUAUGUAAAUUGUAAAUUGUAUUAUGUAAUACUUAGUAAUUGUUAAACAAUUUUUUUUUUUAAAUAUAUUUACCUUAGAACGUGUAGAAUAAAUUAAUAAUUACCUGUAGUCAUUUAAUUUUCGUUGUAAAAAUACUAUAGUUAAAUUAUAUUAUGGUAUCCUACCCCUAGAGAUAAUCGUUACUAUGCAAUUUUUUUAAAUUGUGUUCGUGAUACCAUAAAGUGUUAUUAGAUUUAUAAAUUGAGUACCCAAUUUUAUUAUUUACUGUAAGUAUGAAACAUUUAACUAACAAAACUCCUAAAAUUCUUCAGGAGCUCAUGACUCAACAGGACAAUUCAGUAAGUAGAUGCUAAAACUAUUUUCAAACAAAUAAAUUUCAAUUAUAUUAUUUUUAGAAAUGUUUUGAAUGUGGCUCCCAUAAUCCACAAUGGGCUUCUGUAUCAUAUGGCAUAUGGAUUUGUUUAAUGUGUUCAGGAAAACACAGAGGUCUUGGAGUCCAUCUGUCAUUCGUCCGGUCUAUUACUAUGGAUUCCUGGAAGGAUUUAGAAUUAGAAAAAAUGAGAGUAUGUUUUUAAAAUUUAAAAAUAAAAUAAAAAAAUGACUUCUUCUAUUAUUAAUAUAGGUAACUAAAUGUUUUCUUAAAUACCAUUACAUUUAAUUUUCAGGUUGGAGGAAAUAGAAAUGCUGUGGAAUUUUUUAAAUCUCAACCAGACUGGAAUGAUUCAAUGACUAUUGAACAAAAGUAUAACACUAAAGCAGCAGCCUUAUAUCGAGAUAAAGUUUGUGAAAUUGCUUACUUGAUUGAUUCAUUUAUUUGAGGAUUAAAUAUUUCAUUAAUUUUACCUAUUUAUCUAUCUACAGAUUUUAAAUUUGGCCAAGGGAGAACAAUGGAGUCCUACUACAUCAUCAGCUAAAGAUUACAGUGUAGAUCAUAUAAAAAUGUAAUUUAAGCUUACUUAAUUAUAAAUUUUUAUAUCUAGAAACUUAAAUUGUUAAUUUCUAUUAGGACAAGUAGUCAAUCUCAGAGAUACAAUUUUAACGAGCCAUCUACUACCUAUAAUGAAACCAACUCUGGUUAUCAAAAUGAUGUUAUUAGUCCAAAUAUCAAAGAUGAGAAAGAAGCAUUUUUUGCUAGAAAACAAUAUGAGAACAUGACAAGACCCGAGUAAGUAAAUUAUAGCAAGAAAUAAAAAUAAAAUAACAUUAUAAUAAUUGUUUAAAAAAUAAAUGUAAUUUUAUAUGCUGAUGGAGUAUGGCGGUGUAAUCAGAACUUAGCCAUCAAACUAGUUUUUUAAAGUUUCACUGUUUAUACAUUAUGUUUAUUGUUUUAUAAUUUUUAAAUACUAAAUAUUUAAAACUAAAAUUAUUAUAUAAUUUAUAUUAGACAUUUUUUUUACAUUCUUAGAUAAAAGCUGAUACUGCUGAUGGGUGUAUCACUAUUAUAAUAUAUAGGAUAUUGGGAAGGUUAGAUAUAUAAUGUUGUUUAAUUUAUAUUUGUACUCAACCAUAAUAGCUGUCAAAAUACGAUUCUGGGUGAAGUUCAAGUAACUAUAUUUGAAAAUUUUUGUCAAAUUUUAAAUGUUAAACCCUUAUAAAAAAACAUAGCUCUACUUUUUUUUUAUAGAAUUUCUUUUGUACAUGUACAUACAUUUUCUGGUUUUCAAGAUAGAAAUUUAAGUAUAUUUAUUUUAAUUUGCAAAAAUCAUAUUAAAGUUAUUCAGUUUUUAAGAGCUCUGCAGAGUUUCUAUUAUAUUUUUGUGUUCCUUAAUUCAUAAUAUGAACUAUUUUUCAAUUCAAGCACUGUGGAUAGCUUCAAAAUAUUUACAAAAACUUUAUCAAAUUUGAUUUUAUCUAAAACAUUUUAUUUAUGAAAUUUAUAAACUCAUAGGUUGUAUGUGAAUAUUAUAAAAUGAAAACUAACUAUGACUGCUUAGUUCUUAUUACGCCUUUGUACAAUCAAUUGAUUUUACGUAAGUCUUAAUAUAAAUUUGUUUAUAAAAAUUAACUUCUAAAUGUUUCAUUAUUUUUGUUGUAUAGAAAUGUGCCUCCAAACCAAGGUGGACGUUAUGCUGGUUUUGGUAACACAGUCGAACAGCCAUCCAGAAGUCAAUCUCAAGAUCUUCUUGACUCUGCAGUGUCAUCAUUUUCUAGUGUAAGUAAUUAAAUAUAUCUAAAAAGCUAAAAUAAUAAAACAAAUUUUAAAUUCGGAUUAGACCAAAGGAUCUUUUGGUUUUACUAUGAUGUGUGGUUUUUUCCUGUCUGUAAAUAACUUUGAACAGCAAACUUCCUCCAAUAAAAAAAAAAAUCCAAAAACUUUUUUGUUGUUUUUUUUGUUCUAGUUGGUACAUUUAAGAGUCAUUUUUUUACUUUACAAAAAAUUUAAAUAUAAUCAGGAAAAAUCGAAAAUAAAAAUAUAGGGAAAGCCAAUUCCACAUGACUCAUAUACUUAGUGAACAUCGUACUCAUGUAUGUUCACUGAGUAUUGUAACCUGACAAUUAUAUCGCUCCUAUAUGAUUUGUGCACUUACCAAUCAUCAUGUAUAGUUUAUUUGUCAUUGCCAAUACUCAAAACAGUCAAGGAUGAGUCAUGUGGUAAAUUUCACGUUUAUGGUAUUAUAAAAACGUAAUUAUUUAUAAUUCCUUUGAUACAUUCAUCAAAAACCAAUGGGAAACGACAAGUGGCUCGGCAAGUAUAAAUAAUCGCCAUACUUGACUAUAAAACACCUUCUGGCAUGACUUGUAAAACAUCACAAUUUAUGUUUAAUUACCUAGUACACAAAUCUGUUUAAAACGUCAAAUAUUUAGCGGGAACUGUGAAGUUAUUGAUUUUAUUACUUUUAAUUUGUAUGCACUAUGUUUUCUAUGAGAAAUAUUGAUUCCACAGAAAUACAAUAAGAGAUCUUUUUUGUUUUACUUUUAAUCCAGUACAUAGGAAAGUCAGUUUUUGAUUUUCCUUGUAAAAAAUUGAGCAAAACCAAAAAAAAAUAAAACUUAGAAAUAGCAGGAAAGUUUACAAUUAUAAUGGUUUUAUUAUUUUCAAUUUUGUUUUUUGUUGUAACUUAGUUUAAAAUGUUUAUAGAAAUCUUAUAAUCCUAUAAUUUAUUAUCAAAUCUAUAAUUCUAAAUGUGGUAACAUUUUCAGAAUAUUUUGGCAAUUUUUUAACUAUUUAUAGGCAUUCCAUGUUUACGAGUUUUUUUAUAUGGUUUUUAUUUGGUAGAUACUAUGUGGAUAUAAUUUUUUGACAUUUCAUAUAUUAUAUACAAUAAUUAUAUAUAUUUAUAUUUAAUAUUUCAAUAAAAUAUUUGUAGGGCUGGUCAUUGUUUUCCAACUCUGCAUCAAAAUUAGCAUCUCAAGCAACACAAAGUGCCAUUAAAAUUGGUGGACUAGCCACUCAAAAGGUAUCUGAUUUAACUACUGACAUAAGUUCAAAGGUAAGUUGCAUGCAUUUAUUAUAUUGCUAAAUUUUAAUUUUAAUUUUUAAUAUUAUCAUAUUUUCAAGCAUUGUAAAUAAUGAUUUUUAUUAGAUAGUAUUUUUUAUAAAUAAUUAUUGAGUAGAAUUUGAGAUUUAUUGAACCUAUUUUAAUUUUAAUUAUUUAAAUAUAUUUCCUUUAGUUUAAAUUGACAAAUAAAUGCUCAAAAAAUAUAUCAUUGAGUACAAUUACUAGUAUAUUACAAUUUUUAAAUAAUAAUUUUCAAUUGUUCAGUAGUUUAUAAAUAGCUAUUUAUUAAUUCUAUUUAGAUUAUAUUUUCUCAAGAAUUACCACUUUUUAAAAAGUAAACUUAAUAAACUACUGUAUUUUCCAACUGUAUUAAUUUACAUUGGUAUUAUAAAGUUUUUAAAAAUAAUAACAAUUCAUUUUAUUUAAUAGGUUAAAAAUAUCUUUUACUCUGCUUUUAUCCCAACUAUUUGUGGUGGCCAUCAUUAUUAUAAACUUCCACUUGACCUGUUCUUUUAUAUCAUACUCACAAACACUGGAUAUCAUUCUCAAUUGCUUCCGACUACCCCUUUUUUUGUUCUCUCUCUUCCCUUCUUUUCUCCUAAGUUUAUUUUCAUUAUUAUUCUUACUACUUGUGAUUCCUCGCUCCUUAUAACAUGCUCAAAUCAUCUCAGUCUAUUUUCCUCAUUUUUUCUAUUAUUGAAACUAUGCUUAUGUUACUUCUUAUAUAAUUAUCUGACGCUUUACUCUAUUUAAUUCAACCACUCUUAAUCAUGUAUCAUGUCUCUUUCAAAGUCGCUAUUUUUUAUACCAAAAAUCUUGGCUACUAAAAUCUCUUAAAUGUCACUGUUUAUUGUUAUUACUUGCCCAUUUUUUUCAAACUCAUACUCUAUAUAGAUUAUAGACUGUUUUACUUGUCGACCCAAUACAGUCUAAUUUUUCACCUUAUAUGAUAAAUAUAUGAGAUAUCAUGGCGAUCUUUUCCCACCUUGAAAUAUAGAUUAAAAAUAUGUUUACACUAUUUUGAAAACAUUAUUUUUAUUUGUUUUGUCAUAAAUAAAUCAGAAUAAUAAAUUAAUUAAUAAUAAGGUAGUAAUUAUUACAAGGAUGACUAAGGUUUCACAUGAUAACUGUAUACUUACACCAAUUGGUAUUAUAAUGACCUUUCAGCAACAUGUUUGAUGCCAUUUAAUGUCAAAUAUGAAUUUAAUGUAAAUAGUUUAGUAUUCCCCAUGCGUAGCUGAAUGGUAUUUUAUUAUUAAUUAGCAUAUUCAAAAUGGUAUAGAUUAAAAAGUAUGUACUAGGGUAGGGUUCUAAAAAUAGCAAAAUUAUUAAUUUAUAACAAAAUUUAAAAUUAUUUUUAAAAUUAAAUUAAAACCAUUUUGUUAUACAUUUAUACUUGUUUAUAUGUUAAUUUUUUCUAACAAUAAAUACAUUUUUUUGAUUCUAUACACAGUAUUACCUACGUACUUUAACUCUUAUACAUUUUCUUUUUUGCUUUAAAUUAAUAGUUAAAUAUUGAUAAUUUUGAUAAUUAACUAAAUUAUCCGAUUAUUACCAAUCUCUGCACUACAGUGAGAACUGCAGAAAGACAUUAGCAGUUAACAUGUUAAACUAGAUUUAAGUUUUAUUAGGGAGUUCUCAUAUUAGUUAAAAUCUAUUACAUAAUCUAUAUAUAUAUAUAUAAAAGCGAUAAUGGAAAUCUUUGUUAUAGGUUGGCUUCAAAACUACUUAUUCAAUCGUCAUGCAGUUUUUUUUAAAUUAAAGCGGACAUCACAGAGCAGGUUUUAGGCAUAAAUUUAGUCCGAUAAAGUUAAUAAAUAAUUCAAAUGAACGUAUAAAUUGUAUACCAAAAAACCUUAGUAACAUGGAUAAAAUGGAAAAAAAAACUAUGUGCUUUACUGAGUUGGUAUCUAUGGUUUCUUUUCAAUUAUAAUUUCCUAAAUGUACUAUCUUCAUUAUCUAUGUCAUUAUUAUACAGUUUUCUACAAUGAAUUACGUUUUUGAUGUAUUACAAUUUUUGUUUGUUGCUGUAAUCAGCCGCGCUCUUUUUUUCUUUUCUUGGUUAUUUUUUUAUUUAUCACAUAAUGAAAAGGAAAUCAAAUCUUAAUCGUUCCACCAAUAAUGACAAGAAGAUCUGCUUAUCUAGAAACAAUCAUUCACAAACGCACAAUCAAAAUAUAGACCAAUUUUACGAGGUUUUUUCGCAAAAUAAUCUGCAUUGUUCUUAACUAUUGAAAUUUCUGAUCUGCUCAAUAGAAGUAAUAGAUCUAACCUAUAGUAGUUUAAGUUUACAAAAUAGUAAUUUAUAGGUAAUUUUCAUUGCUUUAUAACCAUAUAAUUAAUUUAUAUAAGUUUGAAAUGCAAAUUAAAGAAAAACUAUUUUUAAAUAUUUAUGGGUAAUAAUGAUUAACUACAGUGUUUUGAUAGGGAUUAAAAUAGAAAAUCUAGGGUAAAACGUUUUUAUUACACAUGUGUUUGGCAUGAAACAGCUAUUAUAUUACAAAAAACUAUAGAUAUUAUAGGCAGUGCUGUAAAAAGAUACUUUAAAUUAGUAUCAAGUUACAGAUAAAGAUAUAUUUUAUUUAAAAUUGUUUAGAUACAUUUAGGAAAAGAGAUAAUUUUUUUCAUAAAAUAUUUUAUUUAAAAAUAUAGAAUUAUAACAAUAAUUUUUAUCUUCAUUUUAUGUCAGUUUUCAAGUAUAAUUUUAUUCUUAUAAAGUUAUAAGUUAUUAUACAAUCAUUGUCAGUUAUAACUUAUAAUACAUAAUAUAUAACAAUAUUCAAAUAUUGGUUAAUUUUUAUUGCAUAUGGCUUUGGUUAAAUUAAUAAGUAAUACAAUAACAUUAAGCAUAAAAAAAUUUUACUUUAGAUAAAUGUUUCAAAUAUUUGUGGAAAACAGUGAUAAACUGUAAAUAGUAAUAAUAAUAAUAAUAAUUCAUGAGGUAAUUAAUAAAAUAUAUUAACAGGAAAGUAAACAAAAGUGAGUUGCUAUUGGAAGAGGCUAUAGGUGUACAGUUAGCUUGCGCAUCCAAUCUAUUGCUUUGAUAUUGCAGCUGUGAAUAUCUUCUGGUGCUCCUUCAAAUUUGGUUAGAGGGCACUCUGACACUAUGUUUGUUCCUCCUCUCACUUGCAUGCAGCUGUUUCUAAGAAACCCCAUUUGUGUAAAAGGUGAUUACUUUUUCCCUGAUCAGUACUCAGAUCUUACUCGCAUUCAAUGUUAGGUGCCAUAUGUUAAUUAUUGUUAUAAAUAUAAAUAUAAAAUAAAUAAUGGGUAUUAACCAUUUGUCAAUAUACAAUAGUCAUACACUCAUACAUAAUAAUAAUGAAAUCAGAAAAUAAUACAUAUCAACAAUAAAUUGUUAUUUAAAAUGUAUCUAGAUAUAUUGCAGUACUGAUUAUAAGUAAUAUAUUAUGAAUUAGAUUAAUGUAUACUUAUAUAAAUAAUAAUAAAUCUAUCCUAAUAUAAAAAAAAAAAAAUAGUUAUUUGUUUAGUGUUAGUGUUUAUUUUAAUUUUGUUUUGUAUUAUUUAUAGCAUGUAGUUCAUUUCAGUUUUAUGAUUUAUGUUAUGCUUAUUUAUUUUUUGGUCAGAUAAAAGAAGGUACUUUAAUUGAUGGCGUAUCCAAUCAAUUUUCUACUAUGUCUACAAAGGUAAAUUUUUUUAAAUUUAAAUUAUAACCUAUGAAAAGUAGGUAACUUCAAAUCAUUUAAAUUUGUGUGCUUUUAUAAACAUAAUAAUAAUAUUUUAUUUUACUAUAAUUUAGGUAAGUGAUUUAAGCCGUAAAGAGUGGCAAAAUAUUACCGGCAGUAAUAUUGCCACUCCACCAAAAUCACAUUCAACUAACUUUGUAGCACAUUCCACUGAAAAUUCUUCAUUAAUUUCUGAUGGCUCAUCUGGAAAUCAAAAGUAUGUCUUAUUAUUUGUCAUUAUAUUGUAAAAUGUCUAAUAUUGGUUUAAUAAAAAACUAUUGUUUAUAUAAUUUUAAAUAUAAUACAGUAUUAUUUAUGCUUUUGUGUUUAAUGACAUAAUAAUGUUAUUAACUUUUGAUAUUUCAAGAGGCUUACAUUUUUAACUUUUUUUUUAUAAAUUUAAAAAAAUGUAUUUAUUUGACUUGUUAAAUAACUUUCUAGAGUUAGAAAUUGUUUAAUAAUUGUUUGAACAAUUUAUAUAAUUCUUAUACGCAUUAAAAUAAAUGCAUACAUAAAUAAUUAUUUAAAAUUGAGUUAACCACUCGUUAAUGCAUAGUGAUCAAUUAAUUUUUCAGCUGAUAUUAAACAUUAAUUAUCUAAUGUAGGGAUAUAAAUUAUGACUAAUACAAUAAUAUAGUUACGGUUAUUAAUUUGGUUAACAAGGAAAUAUAUAUUAUUUGUGACACUAUUGUUAUUAGAAAAUAUCAUUAUUUAUUUAAAUAUCAGUAAUGACAUAAGUAUUACAUAUAAAUGAAUAGAAUAAAUUUUAAAGAUAUAAGUAGUACUUAAAGAAUUUUUAAAAUGACAUAUCACAUAUUUACAAAUUAAGAUAUUUAAUUUAUUUAGAUUUUGUUACAUAAGCAUAAUACGAGAUGUGAUACAAAAAUAACAAGACUUUCUUAAUGUUUUUAUUUUCAAAAUUGUACAAUUUAAUGUUUAUUGCCUUAAAAGUAGUUUUAUUCAGAAUUUGAAAAUAGUUCUGUCAAUCACUUUCAAUCAGACCUUUUAGAAGUUCUGCUGUUUUCAUUUUUAUGUCAUUAACCGUUUGAUAAUGGGUUCCUUUCAAUGAAUUUUUAAAUUUAGGAAUUGGUAAAACUGUAACAGUCACAAGAAGCAAUGUCUGACGAUUAGGGGGGUGUUGCAAUAUAUAAUUUUUUUUUUCAAUUAAAAAGUAAUGAAUUGAAAUUACGCUAUGAGCUGGAACUGUGUCUUGGUGAAAGAACUCAACCAUUUUUCCUGAGAUCUGGUUGUUUCAUUUUCAACACAUUCUCUAAAUUUAAUUAAUACCUCUGUAAUAAUAAUGAAUAACUGAUCAACAAUCUUUCUAAAUUACACUGUUAAUUUUGUCAACAAAUUUUUAUUUAUUAAAGACAUGGUAGGAUAUCGUCAUCUUCAAUGACUUCUCUUUCAAUACAAAAAGUACACAACCAUUUAUUUCAUUCAAAAACGAGAGCUCGUUUGCAUUCUUUGUCAUAAACUUCAUUUAUUUAUAGAAACAAAUCUGACAUGUUAACAACGUUUGAUUUCUGAUUAUAAUAUUAUUCCAGUAAAAUUGUUGAAUGCAAAAAUAUUACAAAACAUAUACACAUAAAAAAAAAUCAAUCAAUUACACUUAAACUGAUAGUAUACUUAGAUAAGUAUUUCAUAGCGAAAAUUCUUAUAAUUUCUAUUUAUAUAACAAUAGUUUAGUUUUAUUGAGAAAGUAUCUUUAUUUUUUGUAACACUUUCCUAACCUGUUUUAAUUUUUGAUUUAUGGUUUAUUUUUUUUUAUUAGAAAUGUACAACGGAAAAACAGCUGGACAUCAUGGGAUGUAAACAGUACUCAUGCAUCAUCUUCAGAUCAAACAACUGAAAAAUACCAACCAAUUCAAGAUGAUUGGAAUAACAAAUGGGAUAAUAAUUGGUAGAUGAGCGUCAAUAUAUAAAUUAAGUUUGUACGUGUAAAAAAAAUAUUCAAGUAUAUAUGAGAUGUCAUAUGAGAAUUUUCUAAUCUAAAGUGGUGGAGUAAUAGAGUAAGCACUAUUCCCCAUAUUUUAAGUGGUAAAUCUUUUUAGGGCAUUCUCUAUGUAUUUAUAUAUAUAUAUAUAAAUGUUAUUUUCCAUUCCAAUAAUACAAUAUUUUACGUUAUUCAAAUUGAUUCUUAAAACUUUUAUGAUGUCAACUAAUUAAAUACUAUAUGAUUUAAUUGUUUUAUUAUAAUAUCAAAUAUUUUAUUGAUCUUUAUGAAUAUUCAUUUUAAUAAGAUGUUAUUAUUGUAGUUAAAUACUUUAAGUAAAACAAAUAUAAUAAUAGUAAUAAUGCUAAUAUUUACUAUCAUGAAUACAAAUUUAUUCUUCAUUUGUAAUUUUACAUUCUGUGUGAUGUAGCUAUUUGUUUUACUAUGAUCUGUUUUUUUUUCCUCAUAAGACACUUUUUCAGAUAGUAAAACGGCUCAAUUUUUUUCACGCAGUAUCUCAAAAGAUUAAAAAUGUCAAAAAUUAACCCCAUAGGUUCUUUGAGAUUCUAAAUGGUACGAGAAAUGUAUUGGUUUUACUGUAAUGUGUGUUUAUUUUUUUGAUUUUUAAUUUUUUGAGUAAAUAUCUUUUUUCCUUUUCUACCGGAAAUCUUGCUUCAAUCAAUGGCAAAAGAUCUUUUUGGAUUCAUUUUAGAUCUUGUUAAUGUAUUAAGUAGGCUAUUUUUUGAUUUUCCUUGUAGUUUUCUUAAUAACUUAGAAAAAAAUUUAUGGC